ACUCAGUUCUGGUCAAGCCCCAUGGAAAAGUAUCUGAAAAAUCAUCCUGGGUACAAGGGGCCACCGGAAUAAAGAAGUACCCCUGGACAACUCAGAGGACUGUGGACUUAGGAACUGGGAAGGUAACCCACUCCUUCCUGGUCAUUCCCGACAGCCCCUGACCCCUGCUGGGGAGGGAUUUGCUUACCAAAAUGGGGGCCCAAAUUCAUUUCCAACCGGGGGGGCCCACAGUGACUGACUUCCACAACCAACCCAUAUCUGUACUUACUGUGAGACUAGAAGAUGAAUAUAGGCUCCAUCAGGAACCCACUCCUCAGGAUCAGGGCAUCGAGCCUUGGCUUCAACGCUUCCCAGACACGUGGGCAGAAACAGGUGGUAUGGGGUUAGCAAAACAUCGCCCAGCCCUAUUUAUAGAGGUUAAGCCUGGGACGGACCCCGUCCGUGUGCGCCAAUACCCUAUGCCCACGGAAGCCAAAAAUGGCAUCACACCACACAUCUGCCAUCUCCUUGACUUCGGGGUCCUACGCACCUGCCACUCAGCAUGGAAUACCGCCCUGCUGCCCGUACGCAAACCCAAUAGCGGGGAAUACAGACCAGUGCAGGACCUGAGAGAAGUCAAUAAGCGGGUGAUGGACAUACAUCCAACCGUUCCUAACCCCUAUACUCUCCUGAGCGCCCUCAGUCCAGAAAAACAAUGGUAUACUGUUCUGGAUCUAAAAGAUGCUUUUUUCAGCCUACCACUAGCGCCUAAAAGUCAAGAGCUAUUUGCAUUCGAGUGGACAGAUCCAGACAGGGGCAUAAAUGGCCAGCUCACUUGGACCAGACUGCCACAAGGAUUCAAGAACUCUCUGACCCUGUUUGACGAGGCUCUACACAAAGAUUUAAGUGAGUACAGACAACAACACCCUAAUAUAACUCUCCUACAGUAUGUUGAUGAUCUCUUAAUAGCUGCCGAGACACCCGAAACCUGCAUCCAGGGAACCGAAGGUCUCCUGCGAACUCUGGGAACUCUAGGCUACCGCGCCUCAGCAAAGAAGGCUCAAAUCUGCAAGUCAGAGGGACUGCUGUUGAACCCCCUCAGGGUCAUCUUCACCCCCCCAACGGCCCUGAACCCAGCAUCACUGCUGCCAGACCCAGACAUGGGAACCCCACUUCAUGACUGCGCCGACAUACUGGCUCAAGUUUAUGGGGUCCGGGAAGACUUGCAGGAUCAGCCAUUAUCAGACGCAGACGCCAUCUGGUUCACCGAUGGAAGCAGCUUCGUUCACCAAGGACAAAGGUAUGCGGGGGCGGCCGUGACUUCAGAGACCGAGGUGGUGUGGGCAGAAGCUUUACCCCCCAGAACCUCGGCCCAGAAGGCUGAGCUAAUAGCCUUAACCCAGGCCCUAAAGUCAGGAAGAGACCGCAAGCUAACCGUGUACACUGAUAGCCGAUAUGCCUUCGCCACCGCUCAUGUACAUGGGGCGAUAUACAGAGAACGGGGGCUCCUCACAGCUGAAGGGAAAGACAUCAGAAAUAAAGAAGAGAUUCUAGCCCUGCUAGCAGCCUUAUGGGAACCCAAAAAGCUAGCAAUUGUACAUUGCCCAGGACACCAGAAGACAACCGACCCAAUUUCCCAGGGCAACAAUUUGGCCGAUCAGACUGCAAAAAACAUAGCUCGGCCCCCAGCGCAAUUGCUGACCCUACAGCUGCCAGACCCCGGACCCCGGGAAUUGCCCCCCAGCCCUGAGUAUUCAGAAAGCGACAUUCAAUGGAUGAGUAAACUUCCUAUGACCCAAAUCAAAGAUGGCUGGUGGAGAGACUCUAAAAGCAGCAUUAUACUCCCAGAUAAACUAGGAUGGCAAGUUCUAGAGCGGAUCCAUCGCAGUACCCACUUAGGUUCCCGGCGAAUGCUGGACUUACUGAGGCAGACUGGACUAAAAAUCAGAAAUGUCUCUGAUAAGGUCGAUCAAGUAGUCACUAAAUGUACAGUGUGCCAACUCAACAAUGCGAGCAGCAAUCCUCAGACAACAGGGGUAAGACAAAGAGGGAGCAGACCGGGACCUAUUGGGAAGUAG